ACCAAUAGGCACGCCUUCUCUUCUAACCUCUAUUAGUUGAUCUUUUACCCUUCCUUCCCUUCAUUUCCUUCAUUUCUGCUCCUCUGUUUCGUUCUUCGCCUCGUCUUCCUGAGCUUUUUGGACUACCGAAGUUGAGUGGACACUAUAUAUUUUUAUCUGCUAAGGCUCAUAAACGGCUCUCUGUGGGUGUGUGUAGGAUGUUGUGUCAGGGCUAAAGCCCAUCCCUCUCCCAUGAGCCUGUGUGCCCACACACACACCUGGCGCCUCCACGCACACACCCGGCGCCCACGCACGCACAGCCGGCACUGACGCUGUGAACUGGACCCUCGGAGCCCAGCCGAUCCCAGCUGAGCCAAGCGGAGCGGAGUCUAACCCAGUUGGAGCCUGAGGAUGUCAACAGAGACAGAGCUACAACCAGCGGUCAGGCCCAGCAGCGUAAGACGGGACUCCAAGAGGAAAGGGCAGGAUCGCAGCGAGACAGCUCUCAUCAGGCGUUUUAAGGGCGAUGGCGUCCGCUACAAGGCCAAGCUCAUUGGCCUGGACGAGGUUACCGCCGCCCGUGGAGACAAACUCUGCCAGGACUCGAUGAUGAAGCUCAAGGGUAUAGCUGCAGCAGCACGGUCUAAAGGAGAACACAAACAGAAGGUGUUCCUGACCGUUUCCUUUGGAGGGAUCAAAAUCUUUGAUGAGAAGUCAGGGGUCCUCCAACACCACCAUGCUGUCCAUGAGAUCUCUUACAUUGCCAAGGACAUCACGGACCACCGAGCCUUUGGCUAUGUCUGCGGAAAAGAAGGGAACCACCGCUUUGUGGCUAUCAAAACCGCGCAGUCGGCUGAACCUGUGAUUCUGGACCUGCGGGACUUGUUCCAGCUCAUCUAUGACAUAAAGCAGAGAGAGGAGAGGGAGAAGAAGGCCCAAAAAGACAAGCAGUGUGAGCAGGCGGUGUACCAGACAAUACUGGAGGAGGAUCUGGAGGACCCUGUCUACCAGUACAUUGUGUUUGAGGCGGGACACGAGCCCAUCCGUGACCAAUCAGAAGAGAGCAUUUAUCAGGUUCCCACCAGUCAGCAGAAGGAAGGGGUCUAUGACGUCCCAAAGCGACACCCAAAUGGACACAAAAAAAAACCCCACCACCACCACCGUCACCAGCACCAUCAUCAACAUCAUCAUUCUCAUGAACAACCCUUUCACCAAGAACAAACUGAACAGCAGCAGCAGCAGCAGCAGUCGCUGUCAGGGGCACAUCUGAUAGACUUAGACCUGGAUAUGGUGACUCAGAAUAUCAACCAAUUAGAAAUUUUUGGAGACAUGUCUACGCCUCCUGACAUCACCUCUCCAUCUACUCCCGCCUCUCCAGCCAACACCCUGGACCCCUCACAGGGCUUGCAGCCUCCCACGGAACUGUUUGCUCCCUUCAAUCCUGCGUCUGUGCCCUCAGGUUAUGUGACGAUGGGAGCAGUACCUCCUGGCCACUGGUCCCAGCAGGCUUUUGCUGCCCAGACUCCGCUGGCCUUCGGGGUCCAGUCUCCUCUAGGCCCGGUGGCCCAGGUGCUGCCAGGUGGCCAGCCUCUCAUCUGGGGCCAGGCCAACAUCUUCCCUGCCACCCAGCAGCAGUGGGCAGCCAUGGCAGCAGGAGCCUUCCCCCCAGCCUACCUCCCAGCCCAGCCUGUGGGCACCCUGCCCGCCGCCAUGUUCCAGACUCUCACCCCCGUCACGACUGUGACUCCAGCCGGCGAGAGCCAUUCGAGCACUGGAGCCAGCGCUUCAGCUCCUUCCCCUUCAGCAUCUUCGAGUCCACAGCAUGGGGAGAGAGGAAAGAAGAUUGGAAAGGAGAUGUUCAAGGAUUUUCAGCUGGCGAAGCCUCCGGCCAUGCCUUCGAAGAAGGCUGAUCAGCCCAGUUUAGCAGGAACCUCAGAGGCAUUCAGCACUUACUUCAACCGUGUGGGCACUGCCCAGGACACAGAUGACUGUGAUGACUUUGACAUUUCUCAGAUGAAUCUGACACCAGUCACCUCCACAACACCAUCCACCAACUCCCCACCCACCCCAGCUCCUAGGCAGAGCUCCCCCUCAAAAUCCUCAGCCUCUCACGUCAGUGACCCCCCCACCGACGCCACAGACCCCCCACGGACGACUCAUUUGGCGAAGCAGAGGGCAGUCCCAGUCGCAGUGGAGAGGAAGAUGCUAAGAGGAAAGACCCUCUCUACGCCCAGAUUAACAAAGGGAAGAAAUAAAGAGACAUACAGGAAGACAGACCUGACCAGCACUGAGAGAACAGGAGGAGAACCCUUAACCUCUGUUUGUGUGAGUGCGUGUGUGCGUGCAUGUCUGGCACAUCCCCGCCUGGCCAAGCCCUUCUUCUUCUCCUCCAGCUAACAACCUCCCAGGAGGAGCUUCCACACUCCCACAGUCCUCCUCCUCCUCCUCCUGUCUGCAGUCUUUCCUCCUCCUGAGAGGGGAGAGCCCUCUUGGUCAUUCACUCCAGGCAGGAAGGGAUAUCAAUCACUGAGACGGAUCCAGUUCUCCCUCCACUGCGCUGUCUUCUCCUCUCCUCUCCUCCCUUCUCCCUGUGGCGACUCACACCCAGCCUUACAGAUAGAACCUGCUCCUCUCCUCUCUGCCCCCCCGUUCCCUUCCUCCUCCUUUGCUCUCCUUCCUCUGCCUCCUGUGUCUGGCCAGAGACUGUGCUGCCAAGAAGGGACUGAAUCAUGCAGUGCCUCCCCGUCUCUGACACUCCCUCACACACGCACGCUCAUCGGGAUUAGAACGAUCACCUUUUGUUUUAAUGGACAGAAUCUGCAUCUGUAGUGAGGAGAUCCCAUAGGAGGAGCUAGACUAUUAAUGGGCCUAUCAGGGAUGGCCCGUUACUGGGAUCACUGCUUCUGAUUGGUUGGCUGGUUCGGGGAGUUUAACCCCAUUCUUGUGAGUGUCUGCUGGAUCACUAUGCAGAAACAGACUCUCUGGGAGCUACUCACACACCAACGACAUACAUCUUGCACACAGGAAUCAGCUUACAUACUCUCACACAUGCAAACACAUACACACAGUCCACCUUCUCUGACAUGCAUACACACAGUAAUUUGCCAAACGUCUCUCCUCGCAGACAGACUCAUAUAGAGGCCAGAGGACCAGACAUGCUGAAGAAAAGACCCUGAGAGGGAAGUGUUGCAAGUUAAACAGAUUCUGUGAUUGAACUGUUCAUUCUCUAUAGCUUUUGUACAAUACUGAUUAAAAAAGAAGAAGAAAUUGAAAAAUUUGAAUUUUUAUUUUAUAAGUCAAUCAAGCCGCUGGGGUCAGCUCUAUAGGAGAUAUAGAGUCAACAUGGCUUUAAGGCAUCUGAUCGUUGGUUUGCCAAACUCAUUUUGUAAAUAAUGAUAACAACCAUUCUGUCCACUGGACUUCUGUGCCAUAAAAUAGGAAGGCUUCAGUUAUGCAACUCUUGACGUUAACCCAAGCAAUACCAACAUAUGUUUCCUUUUUCCUGUUGUCUGUUUCAUUCCCCCCCCCCCCCUUUCUGUGCAUAGAUGUUGUGAACCAUUAAUUACUCUGGUUCCAGCCUAAAGCCUGCACCGUGCCCUUCUGUGUCUUCUUGAGUUCCCACCUAAAAACACUAUAUCGCAGUCCUGAGCUUUUGUAUCACAAGACUAUCAUUUUUAUGUUGCAGGCAGCAGUCGGGGUCUCACUCACUCACUGUAGCCCUGACUGCUCCUCUCCUCCAUCCCAUUUUUCCAGACUAGUCUAGAAGAUAACAGCGAUGCUCUGCCCAUCUGUCUGUCUGUUGGUCAGGUGCCAAACUGCUGCUGUCUGAGUGUGGACUGCAGCAUCCUCUGCUACAACUACAUCAACUGUGAUGCCAAUGACUCCCUAUUUUAUGGCCAGAGUCCCCAUGUCACUCGAGAACUCUUUUGGACUAUGAAGCUGAUUAACUUUAAAACUUUGAGAACUAGAUGAUGAGCAAAGACGUUGAAUAAAAAGGGAAACGUUGCUGUUUGAGUACAUAACAUUUCUAGACCUAUUUUAACUUUACCUCAGCUAACAGUUUCUUAAUGUAAAUUGACACAUUAUUUUUAUCUUUAUGAAUAUGACAUUCUACAGUGGGUUUUUAGAUGAUUUUUUUUUGGUUCUAUCUUGAUUUACGUAUUCCACCAUGUAUUACUGUUACAAAUAAACACAUCCCAAAUGACUAA